GUGAUUUCUGGGAAACAGCCCUCCCCGGGAGAACUGAAACUUAAGGGUGGGGAUCGUAGACGGGCUGUGAGACCAGGAACUGCCUAGCCAGCAGCUGAGUUGAGGUCAGCUGAGUUUGGGACCAACUGCACCGCAGCUCAGAAGUGUUGAUGCUGCUGAAGCUUCCUGCUGCUCUUACCCUCCAAGAUGGCAUCAGGCAAGGCACGCUCCACUCGAAAGCUCCGGAACUGGGUGGUGGAGCAAGUGGAGAGCGGGCAGUUCCCAGGAGUAUGCUGGGAAGACACAGACAAGACCAUGUUCCGGAUUCCCUGGAAGCAUGCUGGGAAGCAGGACUUCAGGGAAGACCAGGAUGCUGCCUUCUUCAAGGCCUGGGCGAUAUUUAAGGGAAAAUACAAGAAGGGGGACAUGGAAGGCCCUGCUACCUGGAAGACUCGCCUGCGCUGUGCCCUCAACAAGAGUCCUGAAUUUGAAGAAGUUCCUCAGAGGGGCCGAAUAGAUGGCACUGAACCCUAUAAGGUGUAUCGGCUGCUGCCGCAAGGAACCCUCCCUGCUCACCCAGAAGCCCAGAAAUCAAAGCGACACCACAGUUCUGUGUGCCCUGAGCGGGAGGAUGAGGGCGCCAUGAAAAAGUGCAGACUCGGUUCCUCUCUGCUGCAGGACCCCCUCCAAAGGGAAGCAGUGGAGGCCGACGGGGGCGCGGGCCGCUCUGACUUUGGAAGCAGCAGCAACAGCAGCUGCAGCAACAGCAACAGCCCCGAGCCUCAAAAAGGUGCAGACACAGUCCACGCCUCUCUCCAGAGAGAAGACGCAUGCCUGGAGCCUGUGCUCCUUCCGGAGUCAGAGCCUCAAGCUGAGCAGGAGGACUACUGGGAAGAGAUGCCGGUGCUGUGGGACCAUCCUGUGUCCAUAGACUACUCGCUGAUGCUCACCUUCAUCUACGGCGGGCGUGUGGUGGGGGAGACCCAGGUGCAGAGCCUGGACUGCCGCCUGGUGGCCGAGCCCACGGACACCCAGUGUGGCAUGGAGCAGGUGGUGUUUCCCAAGCCGGGCCCGCAAGAGGCCGCCCAGCGCCUGCUGAACCAGCUCAAGAGAGGUGUCCUGGUGGCCAGCAACUCCCGAGGACUCUUUGUGCAGCGCUUAUGUCCUAUCCCCAUCACCUGGAAUGCACCCCAGGCCCCAUCAGGCCCAGGCCCACAUCUGCUCCCCAGCAACGAGUGUGUAGAGCUCUUCAGAACAGCCUGUUUCCGCAGAGACUUGAGGAGGUUCUCCCAGGGCCUGGGUCCAGCGCCCAAAUUCCAGGUGACACUGAAUUUCUGGGAGAAGAGCCCUGGCCCCAACCACACCAAUGAUAAUGGUCUGAUCACAGUGCAGAUGGAACAGGCCUUUGCCCGACACUGGCUGAAGGAGACUGCAAAGGAGCAGGCAGCUACGCUGUCCUUGGUGCAGAGCUUGGAGGACCCGCCGUCCUGCUCGCCUCUCUUCUCCCUGUCUCCUUUGAGUGAGACUGUUUACACUCCCUGUUCAACUACCUCCCUCGGUGAUGACUCUCGGUGUUGUCUACAACAGUUACCUCCUUGAAUGUUUCAUGUACCUUGGCUGAUGGGAAACUCAAGGAUGACUUUUACCCUUGUAAAAAAAAAAAUCUUUGAAAUAUGCCCUCUUUCAUGUCUGAGGACCUGGGAAAGUGGAGAUAGUAUGGACUCAAGGGACCUUUCCUUCUUAUCCCAAGUCUGAAGGCAACACUUUAUAUUUGUCUUUCACUAAGGACUUCAAAUUUUACUGAAAGAGAACGUAUUGUCUGUCUUUUUGGGAGAAGAAGGAAUCGCGGGGAAAUGAGAAGAUGUAUACUUGAGAGCAGUGCAUUUGGCUUCUCUUCCUGUGGACACCCCUGGGCCUCAACUUUCCCCUCCCUACAGGUGUGGCCAGGAAGCUGUCUGGACUUGGGGAAUUCUGACCCUGACUCUCUCCCUCUGGGUACCAGCUUUAGGGAGAGGGUUGGUGUUUGUGCCAAGAGGGAUGCUGAGCUGAUAGCCACUGUCACCACCAGCUGCCCAGUUCUAUGUUAGAGCCCUCUGAUUCGGUCUUAACAACAGGCCUAGGACUGGAGUCUUAAAGGAGAGCUUGAACUUGGUCUGAAACUCUGGAGCAGAGACCCUGGGGCCUGGAGGUGGAGUGGAAAUCAGGGAGUUGUCUAGACAUUCAUUACUCAGCACCUCUUUCCCCAGCACUCAUCUGCUCGGCCACGACUGAGGGGUACUCCAAGCUAGUUCUCUUGUACUAUCUGAAGCCCAAAAAAGACAAUCUGGCCUAGACUGCCAUGUCUCCAGCACUCUUCACUGAGGUGUGAGGGCUCCAAGUCAGCCGGCACUCCUCUCUCUCACCUGUAUGUCUUUUACCACCAAACUAGAAGUUCUUCACAAGGCCACUUGGCCCCCCACCUAUGUAUACUCACUUCCACCAGACUGUUCAGGUCAGACUCUGCUUCUCUGACCGCCACAGCCUGUAGCCUCCAGCUUCCCCUUCCCAACAAGACCCCCGGUUGGAGAAGGGGCUCCCCAGACUGGCUUCCCCCUCACCGUGUCAGCCUUCUGUGGCUCACCUGUCCACGAUCAAGCGCAGAUGCCUGGAAGCUUGAGGAUCUUGCCAUCUCUUUGACAAAUUUCAGAGCAGCUUUUGGACCUUUCUGUCUCCUUGGAACUUCCUUUUCUUCAGUCUGGCCCAUCCUCCUGAGAAGGCAUCUGCUGUGAAGAAACCAGGCACUGGGUACACAACAAGCGCUGUCUGAUCUGCGGAAGCCCCUCCUACAUACUGGUGCCCGCUGCUGACUUCGUUUUCCUUCACGCCCCACAUGCAGUCUGUCAGAGAUCCCCUCACAAACCCUUCCAAAUCUAACCAGGAUCGACCACUUUUCUGGCCCUCCACUGCUGUCGCUUUGGACCAAGUUACCAUCAUCUCUCACCUCUUCUUCCUGCUUUCUUCUACAUCUAUUCUGCUCCUACCCCUGUGCCCUAUCAGUGCUCCACACAGGAGAGACCUCACACUUACGUCUCCUUCUGCCCCUCUGCUCAAAGCUCUCCCCUGGCUCUCAGUUCAUUCAGGGAGAAAAAGCCAGGUCCUUAAAAUGGCUUCCAGAGUCCUUGUGAUGGGGCCUCCAGCCUCACCCCUAGCUGAUCCCUUUGUCUAAAAAUGCUGUUCCUUCAGCGGGGCUCGUGGCUUCUGGCUCUUUCCCAGAGGGCUUCCCUGAGCGCCCUUCAGCGGCAGCCUGUGCUGUGCUGUGCUCCUGCGCUGCCUCAUUUUUCUUCAGAGCAACAAUCAUAGCCCUCGUCUCCUCAGUUAUCUCUCCUUCCCUGUUCCCUGAGAAAGGGGACUCGUUUUGGUCAUUGCCUGCUGGAAAGAACAUUUGUUGAGUGACUGGAGGAAUGAAUUACUGUACCCUCUGCUUGCCUCUGAAACUGGCCCUCAGCACCUUAGACCAGGUGUCCCCACUUCUGCAAGUGUGCCCUAAUGUGAACACUUGCAGGCACUGACAGCAUUCGUACAGUGAUUGAAACAGUUUUGGAAUGUCAUAUAGAAGGUCCUGAGAUGCUCCUCAUUUCUGUCUGCUAGCAGCAAUUCAGCCCAGCAGAGUGCAAUAGGAACUGGGAACAUAGAAUUUCAAGAGAGCAGAGUUCCCAACCAUGCUGUCACUACGUAUCUGUAUGGCCUGGGAGAAAUUCUAUGGGCAUUUUUUCAUCUGUAAAGAGAAGGCUUAGACUAGGCUUUGAAAUCUUCAGCCUAUGGUUAUAAAUUUAGGGUGAUUGCACCUUCAGUUGACAAAUGAGAAUUAGGUGCCAGGCACCAGUUGAUAAAACAAGACUCCAAUUUUAAGAGCUCAUAAACUAGAAGCACAAGAUGAAAUUGCAUCUGUGUGCACAGGACUUGGUGAUAGCACACAGGUGGGAAGUCCAUGGGGAUUACAUCCAAGAUGAAAAAAAUGUAUAAAAUGAAGACUGAUG